UGGAGGGACUCCGGCGCAACGUGACAGUCUUAAUUGGACCGGCGCCGGCACCUGUCGCCGCGUCUCUGUGCCGCCCGCGCGCCGCGCCACGCAGCCGCGCCACCCGCCCGCAGCCCCGGGGACCAAUGCGGGGCUUCAGCGAGAGCGACAGAGAGAGGUGAAGAGGAACGACGCCCCGACAUGGCCGGACCGUCGUGGGUGCACUGGCUCGGCGUGCUGCUGCUGCUCAACUCGAGCGCGGCGCAGAUCUUCCCCUUCUCCAACCUGAGGCACAUCUUCAAACAGGAAGGUAAGGGCGGCGGCGGUAGCAAGGCCCCGGGGUCCCUGGGGCCGCCACCCACGCCUGAGCCCAGCACCACGACCACGCUCGAGCCCCCGACCACCACGGGGCUGGCGCCCUACCUGGCGCCCUACUCGCUGCUGGACGAGGACGAUGGCUACCGCGAGUUCCAGCGGCCAGAGUACGUCGUGGAGAGGCCCAGGCCGGCGACCCGGCCCACGAGAGUGGGCCACAAGGCCGGCGCCGCCAGGCCGGCCCAGGCGACGCUGCAGCCGCAGGCGACGCCGGUCAGGACACCGCCCACCAAGCAGAAGAAGCGCCUGCCCUCGCACCUGGUGCCCGUGAGAAUAGCGUACGAACCCACCACGCCUGCCUCCGGUGACGUGCAUGUCCUCCCCUCCGGUGACGGCCAGCCCAUGCAACCGCCCCCGCUGUACCUCAUCCCCCCGCGCCUGCCUGCUGACCCUGCUGACCACGCUAACCCCUCUGCGGACUACCCGGACGCGAUGGUGUCCCCCACGUCCCCGCAUGCGGCCCGGACAACCGAGACCGUCGUCGACACGUCGACGUCCGCCUCCGACGCCGGCCCCCUGCUCGCCCCCGCACCCCUGCCGCCCGUCCCCGCCGUCUAUCUGCGCCCGCCCGGCCCGCCGACGGGGCCGUCCAAGCCCGUGCUGUUCAAGCUGGACCUCGGCGACGUGGCCAGCGAGGCGCUGUCGCACAGCACCAACCCCGGCAUCCUCCGGCCGGCGCAGGGUCUGGCCCAGGCGCCCAGCAGCAUCGCUAACAGCAUCGCUAACAGCAUCUCUAACCACAAGUUUGCAUCCGCCCCGCACAACGCCCUGCUGCCCGCCGCCCAGCCCAAGGGGAAGGGCGGCACCAAGGGCCUCCAGCAGGGUCACGCUAACCACAAGGACGCGUUCCCCAAGGGCGGUGCCGCUCCCAAUCACAGGCCGGAGCCUAACGGAGACAACCCUCUUGUUGAAUCUAGCGCCGCCGAGUCGUCCGCAGCGGCCGCAGCCGUCAUCCUCGAGGGCCCCGGCCACCGGACGCCCGGCAACCACCGGCCCGGGGCGCGUCCGCUGUCGUCGCCGACGACGCCGACGCCGUCGCGCGCGCCCAAGUUCAAGAACCACAAGCCGGCGCCGCCGGGCCAGGCGCCCGCCCCCGCCAGGCCGGUCAAGUACCACAACCACCGGCCGGGCUCGCUCGACGGCGAGGAGUCCAUGACCAGCCUGCGGUACAGGAAGAGGCCGCUCGGGCCCAUCGAGCAGGAGGUGGCGCAGACCGGCCUGCAGCACCAGGGCCAGUACCCGCACGCGGGCGACGGCGAGCGCGUCGAGUUCCAGAUGCACGGACUCAAGGGCCCCAGCUCGUACAAGUUCGGCUACGACACCGGCAAGGGGCAAAACCGCCAGUUCCGCUACGAGGAGCGCGAUCACCACGGCAACGUCAAGGGCCACUACGGCUACGUGGACGAGCAGGGCAAGCUUCAGGUCGUCAACUACAAGGCGGACCCGCACGGCGGCUACAAGGCGGACGUCAGCAAGCUGCACACCUAGUCCUCAACCCCCAUUGCCGAUCAACGGCGAAGGCGUCGCGUUUCUCUGACAUCAGCGGUGCGGGCGAACCCGUGCAGUGAACGUCUCGCUCGUGUAACGGCUCUAGCGGAAGUGUCUGUUGAUGUUGAAUUAUUGUGUUGGCGAAAGGUUUUAUAAACGGACGACGCGGGUCUUCGGACGACAUGCAGCUGAACACGGAGAGAAAAGGAGAGAAAGGAGAGGAAAGAAAGGGCGUCGCCACGGUUGGAUGACGACCCCGCGGCCCCGCGCCGCCAACGGCAGGCGCGUCAAUGAUGCCGUCAAUUCGCGUGUGCCGUCCGCACGCCGCAGUCGACAGCCCGUUGACAGCGGUUUCGCAACUCCAUGCUGAGGGACGGGAAGGCUCAUACAGUAUAUAUAGAUUUGUUUGUUAAAAAUUAUUUAUUUUGUCUGUAAAUAAAACGCGUUGGAACGUGAGUCAGGGUAGCCCUAAGGGGGCCAAGCCAAGGAAUUUGAUGAAUGUAAGUUAUUGUGGCCAAGCUGGUUGGAAAACGGGUCAUGUAAUUUUUGUUCCCCCGAAACAGUAGUCGCCCUCCUCCCCCUAAAAAAAAAGUUAAUCGACCAAUCAUCCCCAGCCCAAUAAAGUGGGAGGGGGAGGGGGCAUAGAUUGACCAUCUUUAUUUAAGCAGUUGCUGUGAGUUUUUUCGCCAUAGAUUCUAUUAGUUGAGUAUGACGGGGACCAGUAGAGCGCCCGACGGAGGGGGAACAGUAUAUUUUUGAUACUUAUUCACAAUUGAAAAGUUUACAAAAAUCAAGCAACUGUAUUCAUCCAAAGACACAUGAUUGUGAUAUCCAAGGAGCUAAAUAUGAAAGUGUUUCCGAACUACAUUUAAAGCUGUUCCUCCCUCGGGCUCACUCCCGCAAGGGCCUCUGCCCUCCGACCGCUAAAGGGCCGUGCAGCAACCGCCCCGUAACUCACCAAAGAGAGUCCAAGUAGCUGCGGUCCGGUGGGCCUAGCCCAGCUCGUUAUUAGAGAGGCACUAAUUUAUUCUUAAUUGUUACAAUGUGUUUUGUGUGAUGAUGAAAGGGCAGAAAAAGUACGCGUGAAGUUUCUCGUGCAACCUUCUUUUAAUAUACUGGAAAGCAGAAAAGAUUUUGAAAAACAGAGAAACUGAAAACAAACUGACAUUUUUGUCUGUUUUAUUUUUCAAUACUUUUUUCUUCUCUUCUUUUAAAGCGGCACCAGUAAGGUUUUGUUUUGCUUGGAAAUGUUACGAAUUUCACAAAGUGGGCAACGAUACUCAAUUCAGUAUGUCAGAUGUAAUCAUUGUGAUCAUAAAAUUAUCGGUUUAGUCUCAACAAUCAUGCGAACAUGCGAACACGGCCGAUGACCAGAGAGCUAACCCACAGCGGAACAAUGGGGGAACGACGAAAAGUCCUUUGCGCCUCGCAAGCCAUCCUCACGGCCGCAUGGGGCCUCGAGGCUAGCUGAGCACUCUUUGAGAUUUAUUGCAGCGGAAGGCCAUUUCUUUCCCUUACAACGCAGUUCACAAUGUUAUGGCCUCUCAGUUUUGUUGUAUUAAAAAAAUCUACAAUUUCUAUCAUUUUGUCUUGAGUCAUGCACAUGUGUUUUGAAAAGUGCCCCUUUAGAGUAAAUUAAAAUUGUGCUGUGUAAGAUGCAAUAAUAACUGUUGUAUUACAAGAUAUUUUUUUACAAAUUGAUGUCAUAUUUUA